AUGUCACUCCUGAUACGCUCUAUGAUUACUUCCUCAUAUGGUGCCCGCGCUGCCUGGGCAGUACCAAAGCGUGCAUUUUCCGUGGCUAGUGUUCGUCGUGAAGAGUCCAAGCCAAGUAGUUUGUUGAAGACCAUUCUUCAUGGGUCCGGUGAAGAAGAGGGCGAUGAGCAUGGACAUGAAGUGCACGAAAACCAAGUUUUGAACUAUAUCUAUGAAAUUCAACGCGCCGAUGUCAAGCCUGAGUACGCGGAGCAGUAUCGCGAGUUGGUGGCAUCUGUGUAUCCCCAAUUGGAGGAAUCAUAUGCACAAUCGCAUGCGAUGGGUAACUAUGAGGUCGUUGUUGGUGGUCUUGGCGGCUUUUACCAUAUUUGGCGCCAUGAAGGCUACAAGGGCUUUGAUGCUGCCCUAAAGCAACAGAAGACAUGCCCUAUCUACACCAAGUUUCUAUCAACCGCUCUUCCCAUGCUCCAGCGCCGUCAAAAUUAUCUGUCUCAGGCCUUUUCUUUCAAGAAGCCCGAGCUGACUUCCGGCGAUGAUGGCUGUGUGUAUGAGAUGCGAACAUAUCAUCUACACCCUGGCAACCUGUUGGAAUGGGAGCGUUCAUGGCUCAAGGGUCUCGAAGCACGUCGCGUGUAUGCGGAGCCCAAAGGUGCCUGGUUCUCGCGUGUAGGGAAGCUGCAUACCGUGUUCCACGUGUGGAAGUAUGAUUCUAUGGAGGAGCGUGCGCGCAUCCGUGAGGCUGCUUGGCAGGCCAAGGCAUGGAGCACGACUGUGAAUGAGACCGCGCACUUUGUGCAUAAGCAGACAUCAGAAAUUCUCCGUCCGUUCUAG